AUCGACUUCUUUUUCAAGAAAAGAAAAAGAGAAAAAAAAAAACCCCCUCCCUAAAACAAAAUGAUCCAUUCCUCCUCCUAAUGCCUUAAUCAGCUGUUUCCUAGAUAAUGACACAUUCUAAUUAACAAACAGCGAGACGCCAUUCCCCCGGGCCCCUUCUUGUUUGCCUUCAAAGGAAAACAAGAAAGAAACUGUACUUCGCAGUUCUCUUUGGGGUUUUCAUGCCCCUUUUCUCUUAUUCGCCUCUUCCCCGAUUCAGAAGCUGGACUCUGGUUCCCCCCUUCUCCCGGCAUCGCAAUUUUGGAAAUGGAGGCUCAGUAUCAUACUUCACCUCAACGUAUUAUAGGCAAAAUGCCAGAGAUUCAAUUGGGCACGCAUACGGUGAGGUCGCAUGGAGUCAAAGUUGCAAGGACACAUAUGCAUGAUUGGUUGAUAUUUCUGUUACUUGUCGUGAUAGAGAUUGUUCUGAAUGUAAUAGAACCAUUUCACCGUUUUGUUGGGAAGGAUAUGAUGACGGACCUUUCGUAUCCUUUGAAAUCGAAUACUGUUCCCUUUUGGGCUGUUCCUAUAGUUGCAGUAUUGCUGCCUUUGGCCGUCAUUUCUGUUUACUACUUCAUCAGGAGGGAUGUCUAUGACCUGCACCAUGCCAUACUAGGCCUUCUUUACUCUGUUCUUAUCACUGGAGUUAUAACUGAUGCAAUUAAAGAUGCUGUUGGCCGGCCUCGUCCUGAUUUCUUUUGGCGUUGCUUCCCUGAUGGCAAAGGAAAAUUUGAUCCCAUCACAACGGAUGUUAUGUGUACUGGAUUGAAGAGUGUCAUCAAGGAGGGACACAAAAGUUUCCCCAGUGGACAUACUUCUUUUUACAACUUGAUGCUCUUUUGUGCAAUAUGGCCAUUGGAUUUGUUGCUUGGUCUGACUUUUCUCAACCAAGACAAAAGCUGGUGGUUCCUGUAUGCAGGGUCAUUUGCAGGUCUUGGAUUUCUAGCAUUGUAUUUAUCGGGGAAAGUGAGAGUAUUUGAUCAGAAAGGGCAUGUCGCAAAGCUCUGCAUUGUCUUCUUCCCAUUGCUUUUUGCAGCUCUGGUUGGAAUUUCUCGAGUCGAUGACUACUGGCACCACUGGCAAGAUGUAUUUGCUGGUGGUCUCAUAGGGCUGGUAGUUGCUUCAUUUUGUUACUUGCAGUUCUUUCCUCCUCCUUAUGAUAUUGACGGGUGGGGCCCGCACGCGUACUUCCAGAUGUUAGCAGAGUCUCGCAGUGGAGCUCAGUCCACCAGCAACACCAGUACUGCUCUCAUAGUGCGCCAGUCCGAGCUGGAGAAUGUUUUCAUCGAUCCACAGCACAGCAACGAAGGUGGUUUUGUUCGGGACAGCACCCCCAUUUUUGAGGGGAUGGAUAGUCAAAGGAGGCAUUGACUUUUUGCCGGUCUUUUAACCACGCACUAUAUCAGAGAUCAAGCACUAGUUUGUUCAUACCUGAGCUUUUGCUAUUAUUAAGGAUGGUAAUUUUCAGACUUAUAAAAAAGAGGAAGGAAGGUUAUUUUAGCAACCCUGAUGUUUGGGUUGAGAAUUGACAAGUAAAUGCACAGGUUGGGUCGACAAUUACGCACAGGAAAUUCUAUUCAAAAGGAAGCAAGUUUAAGGACCAGGAUACGAUGAUCUAGCGGGCCAAAUUGUAUCCUUUGGGCGGAAAUGGAGCAAGCCUGGUUGGGCCGAAGGAAACGGGGAUGCAGGCCACCACCAUGUACCAGUCCCAGAGAGUGGAAUCCAAGGACAACCCAAUUUCUUCAUUAUAAUUCAUAAGUCCCAUUGUUGGUUAAUUAAUAAUCAAUAUUUAUGGAUAGUAAUAACGUGCUAUGAUUGCGGACAAUGGUUUAUUCUA